CCCAUACUAUUUAUCAGCCAGAGGCACAAGGGCACAGGCAAGUUGAUGGCAGAUGUAGUCACGCAUCUGCCACCAACUCAAAAUAAUACGCGUUUCCUAACCAGCAUGAAGAGGGCAUAUGACUUUAUAAUCAAACUGCAUGGUGUCCCCAGCCUCAGCAAGACCAGCCCCAGCAAGACCAGCCCCAGCAAGACCAGCCCCAGCAAGACCACGCCCAGCAAGACCAGCCUCAGCAAGACCAAGCCCAGCAAGACCAGCCCCAGCAAGACCAAGCCCAGCAAGACCAGCCUCAGCAAGACCAGCCCCAGCAAGACCAAGCCCAGCAAGACCAGCCCCAGCAAGACCAGUCCCAGCAAGACCAGCCCCAGCAAGACCACGCCCAGCAAGACCACGCCCAGCAAGACCAGCCUCAGCAAGACCAGCCCCAGCAAGACCAAGCCCAGCAAGACCAGCCUCAGCAAGACCAGCCCCAGCAAGACCAGCCCCAGCAAGACCACGCCCAGCAAGACCAAGCCCAGCAAGACCAGCCCCAGCAAGACCAGCCUCAGCAAGACCAGCCCCAGCAAGACCACGCCCAGCAAGACCACGCCCAGCAAGACCAGCCUCAGCAAGACCAGCCCCAGCAAGACCAAGCCCAAGCCCAGCAAGACCAGCCCCAGCAAGACCAGCCUCAGCAAGACCAGCCCCAGCAAGACCAGCCCCAGCAAGACCAGCCCAGCAAGACCAGCCUCAGCAAGACCAGCCUCAGCAAGACCACGCCCAGCAAGACCAGCCCCAGCAAGACCAGCCCCAGCAAGACCAAGACCAAGCCCAGCAAGACCAGCCCCAGCAAGACCAGCCCCAGCAAGACCAGCCUCAGCAAGACCAGCCCCAGCAAGACCACGCCCAGCAAGACCAGCCUCAGCAAGACCAGCCCCAGCAAGACCAAGCCCAACAAGACCAGCCCCAGCAAGACCAGCCCCAGCAAGACCAGCCUCAGCAAGACCAGCCCCAGCAAGACCACGCCCAGCAAGACCAGCCCCAGCAAGACCAAGCCCAGCAAGACCAGCCUCAGCAAGACCAGCCCCAGCAAGACCAGCCCCAGCAAGACCAAGCCCAAGCCCAGCAAGACCAGCCUCAGCAAGACCAGCCCCAGCAAGACCAAGACCAGCCCCAGCAAGACCAGCCCCAGCAAGCCCAAGCCCAGCAAGACCAGCCUCAGCAAGACCAGCCCCAGCAAGACCAAGCCCAAGCCCAGCAAGACCAGCCUCAGCAAGACCAGCCCCAGCAAGACCAGCCCCAGCAAGACCAAGCCCAGCAAGACCAGCCUCAGCAAGACCAGCCCCAGCAAGACCAGCCCCAGCAAGACCAGCCUCAGCAAGACCAGCCCCAGCAAGACCAGCCCCAGCAAGACCAAGCCCAGCAAGACCAGCCUCAGCAAGACCAGCCCCAGCAAGACCACGCCCAGCAAGACCAGCCCCAGCAAGACCAAGCCCAGCAAGACCAGCCCCAGCAAGACCAGCCCCAGCAAGACCAGCCCCAGCAAGACCAGCCUCAGCAAGACCAGCCCCAGCAAGACCAAGCCCAGCAAGACCAAGCCCAGCAAGACCAGCCUCAGCAAGACCAGCCCCAGCAAGACCAGCCCCAGCAAGACCAGCCUCAGCAAGACCAGCCCCAGCAAGAUCAAGCCCCAGCAAGAUCAAGCCCAGCAAGACCAAGCCCAGCAAGACCAGCCUCAGCAAGACCAGCCCCAGCAAGACCACGCCCAGCAAGACCAGCCCCAGCAAGACCAGCCCCAGCAAGACCAGCCCCAGCAAGACCAAGCCCAGCAAGACCAGCCUCAGCAAGACCAGCCCCAGCAAGACCAGCCCCAGCAAGACCAGCCUCAGCAAGACCAGCCCCUAGACCAGCCCCAGCAAGACCAGCCCCUGCCCCUAGACCAUCUCCAGCAAGACCAGCCCCAGCUAGACCAGCCUCAGCAAGACCAAGCCCAGCAAGACCAUCCCCAGCAAGACCAGCCCCAGCAAGACCAGCCUCAGCAAGACCAGCCCCUGAUCCUAGACCAGCCCCAGCAAGACCAGCCCCAGCCCCUAGACCAUCUCCAGCAAGACCAACCCCAGCUAGACCAGCCCCAGCAAGACCAGCCCCAGCAAGACCAGCCUCAGCAAGACCAAGCCCAGCAAGACCAGCCCCAGCAAGACCAGCCCCAGCAAGACCAGCCUCAGCAAGACCAGCCCCUGAUCCUAGACCAGCCCCAGCAAGUCCAGCCCCUGCCCCUAGACCAUCUCCAGCAAGACCAGCCCCAGCUAGACCAGCCCCAGCAAGACCAGCCCCUGAUCCUAGACCAGCCCCAGCAAGACCUGCCCCUAGACCAGCCUCAGCAAGACCAGCCCCUGCCCCUAGACCAUCUCCAGCAAGACCAGCCCCAGCUAGACCAGCCUCAGCAAGACCAAGCCCAGCAAGACCAUCCCCAGCAAGACCAGCCCCAGCAAGACCAGCCUCAGCAAGACCAGCCCCUGAUCCUAGACCAGCCCCAGCAAGACCAGCCCCAGCCCCUAGACCAUCUCCAGCAAGACCAACCCCAGCUAGACCAGCCCCAGCAAGACCAGCCUCAGCAAGACCAGCCUCAGCAAGACCAAGCCCAGCAAGACCAGCCCCAGCAAGACCAGCCCCAGCAAGACCAGCCUCAGCAAGACCAGCCCCUGAUCCUAGACCAGCCCCAGCAAGUCCAGCCCCUGCCCCUAGACCAUCUCCAGCAAGACCAGCCCCAGCUAGACCAGCCCCAGCUAGACCAGCCCCAGCAAGACCAGCCCCUGAUCCUAGACCAGCCCCAGCAAGACCUGCCCCUAGACCAGCCUCAGCAAGACCAGCCCCUGCCCCUAGACCAUCUCCAGCAAGACCAGCCCCAGCUAGACCAGCCUCAGCAAGACCAAGCCCAGCAAGACCAUCCCCAGCAAGACCAGCCCCAGCAAGACCAGCCUCAGCAAGACCAGCCCCUGAUCCUAGACCAGCCCCAGCAAGACCAGCCCCUAGACCAUCUCCAGCAAGACCAACCCCAGCUAGACCAGCCCCAGCAAGACCAGCCUCAGCAAGACCAGCCUCAGCAAGACCAAGCCCAGCAAGACCAGCCCCAGCAAGACUAGCCCCAGCAAGACCAGCCUCAGCAAGACCAGCCCCUGAUCCUAGACCAGCCCCAGCAAGACCAGCCCCUGCCCCUAGACCAUCUCCAGCAAGACCAGCCCCAGCUAGACCAGCCCCAGCAAGACCAGCCCCUGAUCCUAGACCAGCCCCAGCAAGACCUGCCCCUAGACCAGCCUCAGCAAGACCAGCCCCUGCCCCUAGACCAUCUCCAGCAAGACCAGCCCCAGCUAGACCAGCCCCAGCCCCUAGACCAGCUAAUCCCACAAGACCAGCCUACCCCAACAGACCAGCAAAUUAUUACGCUUGAUUUAUUUACGAUCAACUCUCAGGCUCAGCAGCAGGUGGAACCUAGGAAACCCAGGAAAAAAAGCCAAGGCAGACGAGCCCCACCAUGCAUCCCACCUCAACUAAAGAAAAGACGAACCACAGGUACAGAAACCACAGAAGCCCCACCCUCUACCCUGGCCAAAAAGAAGAAAGCAAAAAGCAAGUAGACAUUUUUUGCACCCCAUGUGUAUGUUUGUUUCUAUUCUUUGCACCCCAUGUGCAUAUCAGCAGCCAUGUGUUGGGUGUAAAGGUGUUUUUGCAUGUAGCCCCCUUUAAUUGGACCAAACUCAGGUUGUAUUCACACUAGGUCUCUUUCUGCCCUCAAAGUGAACUAAGAACAGUGACUCAUAUAUAAGACCUCAAGCAAACUCAGACCCAUUUGAAGGGAACCAAACUUUUUUUUUUGCCUGUCUGUCGACUGCAUUUGCAACCUUAAAUGACAAUUUAUCCAUACGAUAAAAUAUUGGAAAGACGGAUGAAUGGGGUAAGAUGUAGAACCAUAUUUUUCAUUAGGCUGUCUGAUUAUCUCUUGACUGAUGUCGGUCUCAUCUUUCGAUCCACAUGUGACAAAACAGUAACACUGAGCAGUAGUUAUCAGACUUUUUCAACUAUCAACCCUCUCACAAGUGCUACCCCUUACGAAAAAGUAUUUUUCAAGUUAAUUUUAUGAAGUAUACUUAAGUAAUGUUCAAGUAUAUUUUUUAAGUAUACUUUAUGUAGUAAGUAUACUAAUAUCAAUGUGUACUUGUAGUAGACUUGUAAGUGUACUAUUUCAAUACUGCUUGGGACUAAAUUGGCCCACUUUUAGUAUAUAAAAGUAUACGUUUAAGUGUAAUAAAAGUGCAAACUUUAAGUACACAACUAGGUUUCUCAUUUUUAAUGCAUCUGUACUACAAGUGACCUUAUAAGUAUAUUAGUAGUUUACUAUUUUAAUACAAGUAGUACAUUUUUUAGUUUAUGAAAGUACACACUGCAGUGUACUCUCAGUAAACUACUAGUUUAGAAGUUUAUACAGCAAGUAUAAGUUUUCUUUAAGUGAACAUAACAUUAUAAUAUUUAUAUAUUAUUUUGCACUUGCAGUAUACUAUUAUUUUUUUUACUUGAAAAAUACAUUUAACUACUUUAAUUUUAAUAACAUUUUAUUAGCACUUGAAUGUUGGUAAGUUUCAUAAAGGCAACAUUUUAAACAAAGAAGUUGAGAAAAUCACAUUUUUCUGAUCAUAUUCAGAACGAUGAUCAAAACGCAAAUGGAGUAGAUCAAGUCCAAGAACCCCAAAGCUUUCAUGUGUUACGCUUCAUUUUUUUGGUAAUAUUAAGCAAGCAGUUUUGAUUUACAAGCUGUUUAAUAUUUGAUAGGAAACCUACCUCUCUUGGUUCAGCUUCUUCUUCUCCUGUGUUUUGAUCCAGAGUUUCUGUACUAGAAGAUGUGUCAUAGUGCAUCCUACCGUAUAACAGUGAAAACAUGGAUAGCUGGAAAAUUCAGUCAAUGUCGAGGAAAGAGUAAAGUAGAAUUAAAGUAAAUACUGAUGUACAGAUGCCAAUGGACUAGCCUACACAAAAUUUCAGAUAUGCAAAAUGAGAAACAUAUCUUUUUUAUAUCAAUAUUCUAAACAAUAUUUUCACAAGUUUCAUAAGACUGUAUAUGAAAACUAUAUUGUAAAAAAAAAAAGUUUAUUUAAUAGGCUACUCGAUCAAAACCGUUAAGAAAACUAAAAGCCAAGUAUACUUUGAAUACUUCUUGAUCAAAAGAUAGAGUACAAGUAAAGGCCAAAUAUGAUUGGACUUUUCUCUCAGUACAAGUCAUGUACACUUCAUAAUCAGUAUUGAGAUGAAAGUUCUAUAAAAGUAGGCUAUUCUUUUUUGUCGCAAAAAAAAAUAAAAAUAAAAAAGUUGUAGGCUCACUAAGCCAUAGCAAAUUAAAAAAACAUCGACAAUUAUAAAAUAUCCCACCUAAAUUAAGGCAUUUGUUAAGCCUACAGCAAAUAUGCAGUCCUGCAAUUAUGUCGUUUUAAUGUAGCCCAAAAUGAUAUUAAAAAAACAGAAAGUCGUGAUACCGAUUUAGACAAGGGUUUCUGCCCCACGAAAAUGUAUGGCGACCCCGCACCAAUGAAUGACUCUAACGGUAUAUGUGCUGCACGCUACUGCAAAAUACACAUUUGCAACAUAAAAUCAAUCGCCUGAAACCAUACUACUUUCCAGCGCAGGCAAACCGGUGGAUGGAUAACCCAGUUUCGUCAAAAUUCAAAGAUGAGGGAUUUGCACUCAAAUCUAUUGGACGACCUUCUACGUUGUCAAGCGACGAAUAGGGGGUACCUUCAACGUCGGGUUAUGGAUGUGAGGGGGAAAUGACCAAACGGCAGUAUGUGACGAAUAGGGGUGAGACCGUGUUGUGCUUUACACUGACUUUAACAAGGCAAACAUCUUGGGAUCUGCCAGUAAGAAACUUACUGUAUCAAGUUGCACAGUAGGUUAUGCAGCUUUGUAUUGAGGGCAUGAUAGUGUAAAAUAUCUAACUGCAUUCAAUAAAAGGUAAUACUUUAAAAAAAAAAAAA